UGAAGGAUCAGUAUCAGGAUUCAGGCUGAGUUGCCUUUAUUAGAAUCCAGGCUCCAAGAAGAAACUCCAAGAAGUUAUAUACUGGAUAUAAUAGAAAGUGGGAGCCAUACCUGAGCUGUAGAGAAUGUGGACCCGGUAUAGGAUCUUAAUCUUCUCUUCUCUUCUUACAGAAAUUUGGAUGGAGAGACAGUACGUAUCUCAAAGACAAGUGGACCAGGAAGGAGCUUUCACAAGGAAUCACACCGUUUUGGAAGGUACUCGAUUCAAAAGAGCCAUUUUCAAAGGGCAGUACUGUAGAAGUUUUGGUUGUUGUGAAGACAGAGAUGAUGACUGUGUCACUCAGUUCUAUGAGGCGAAUGCACUGUGUUACUGUGAUAAAUUCUGUGAAAGGGACAUUCCUGAUUGCUGUCCUGAUUACAAGUCAUUUUGCCAUGAAGAGAAAGAAUGGCCUCCUCACUCAGAAGGUUGUCUCAGAGAUGGUCGACAUUAUGAAGAAGGAUCAGCAAUUAAAGAAAACUGCAACUCCUGCACAUGUUCAGGACAGCAAUGGAAAUGUUCCCAGCAUGUAUGCCUCAUGGAACCAGAGUUAAUUGAACAUGUCAAUAAUGGAGACUAUGGAUGGACAGCCCAGAACUAUAGUCAAUUCUGGGGAAUGACUUUAGAAGAAGGUUUCAAAUAUCGUCUUGGCACCUUGCCUCCCAGCCCGAAGCUUCUGAGCAUGAAUGAAAUUACAGCUCCUUUACUAGCAAUAACGGAUCUUCCAGAGUUUUUUGUUGCUACGUACAAAUGGCCUGGAUGGACUCAUGGCCCAUUGGAUCAAAAAAAUUGUGCUGCAUCAUGGGCUUUUUCCACUGCAAGUGUGGCUGCUGAUCGGAUAGCAAUUCAGUCUAAGGGUCGAUACACAGCCAAUCUGUCUCCUCAGAAUUUGAUUUCUUGCUGUCCCAAGAAUCGCCAUGGAUGCAACAGUGGAAGCAUUGAUAGGGCUUGGUGGUACCUGAGAAAACGUGGACUGGUAUCCCAUGCAUGCUACCCACUUUUCAAGGACCAAAAUGCUACCAAUAAUGCCUGUGCCAUGGCUAGUAGGUCUGAUGGGCGGGGAAAGCGUCAUGCCACAAAGCCAUGUCCCAACAACAUUGAGAAAUCUAAUAGGAUCUACCAAUGCUCUCCUCCAUACAGAGUCUCUUCUAAUGAAACUGAAAUAAUGAAAGAAAUCAUACAUAAUGGACCAGUUCAAGCCAUAAUGCAAGUCCACGAGGAUUUCUUCCAUUAUAAGUCAGGAAUAUAUAGACAUGUGAAGAAUGAAGAAUCAAAAAAAUACCAGAAGUUUCGGACACAUGCAGUCAAACUCACUGGAUGGGGCACACUGAGAGGAGCCCAGGGGCGAAAAGAAAAAUUUUGGAUUGCUGCCAAUUCCUGGGGAAAGUCCUGGGGAGAGAACGGCUAUUUCAGGAUUCUUCGAGGAGUAAAUGAGUCUGACAUUGAAAAGUUGAUUAUCGCAGCAUGGGGCCAGCUGACAAGUUCAGAUGAACCAUAAUGUAUCAUUAAAUUUCCAUAGGCCAUGCAUUGCAGCAACCCCUUAAAUUGAAAUUAAGUGGUGCGAGGUUCUCUGUGACAGUGCACUCCCUGACUCUUCACUUUGUUAUUGUAAUCUGCCUAUUUUCCUUGUUUUAUCCCAGGCUCUGCCUCUGCGUUCUUUAUAUUCCCCAGCAUAUGAAAACAGAGGGAACAGCAGAGUGGUCACAUGUCUUUCAAGUUCCCUGCUUGUCUUGACUUUUCUCUCAUGACCGUGUUCUUUUUGACUUUGAUAGUUCACGGUGUGAUGGCACUUGUCUGAAAAGUACAUUGCAUUUAUUUGUAAACAAAAUGGUAUCUCUCUUUGACCAAUGAGGACUGUAGACAACAAAAGCAAUGGGAAUGCCAAUUUAGCAACUUUCAAUUUUUUUUUUCCUCAACCACAUAAUGCCUCCUUAAUUCAAAGCUUGUUUAUGUUUAGUCAAAAGCAAUGGAAAUAGAUUAUUAAUUGUUUCUCUCAAUAAGCUAACAUUUUGUUUCUUUUCAUUUGUCUAAAACUAAUUUUCAAUCUGAACACAAAAGUAAAAUAACUCUCCACAGCAGAUCACUGCUCUUUAUGGUUCUAUUUAAUAGCACAUAAUGUGGAAAAGAUGGUAAGUAACGGAAAAACUUAAGAGGCCAACAACAGAAGUACAGUCUUGACACAUAGACACCCCUAUUUUGGGGAAGCCAGUGCAUAUUGUGUAAAGUCAAUAAAAAUCAGCUGCAAAACUGUGUUUGGAAAGAUAACAUAUUUAUCCCACCCCCAACCCAAACAACAACAUGAUGCCACGAGUCAGACAGAAUAGAGGGACUUUAUCACAAUCCUUUCAUAGUUCACUGCUAGAAAUUCUAAAGUCAGCAAAGUUGGCACUGGUUUGCAUCUAACUUUUAAUUUUCUAUAGACAGAAAGCCAAAAAUAAUGGCCUGAAAAGGAUAUCAUGCUUUCAUAAUUCACUGGCAUCUCACACGGCAAACUAAUAAAUGAAGAAACAAAGCUGAUCAGUAAGUGAGCAUGGCAGGUUAUAACCACAACAGUGGGAUAUGCAUGGUCUUUGUGUCUGGGUGCUUUUUCAUCUUAAUUUCCUGCAUGGGGUGUUCUAUGUCAUUGUGCCCUAAGAUUCCCUGAUUAAACAAGCCAGGUGUGCUGAACGUGGGAGGAAGCAGAGCACAGAAAGGUAGGGUGUUGACAUAACUCUUAUUUUCUCCAUCAAUCACUGCAGCUUUAUUCACAUGGUCCCUUCCUGGAAAAUAUACACAAGGCUGACUCACUUUGUUGAGACUGGCUGAUUACCCCCCAGAGAGAUGAGAAAUGGUUUUCUUUUGUUUCAGUUUGGGUUUCUUUAGAUGCAGUCCCUGAGAAAAGAUUUUGAGUGCAAAUUGUGGGUGAAGGGAACACUGAGAAGGGAGGAGACGGUGAUACAGGAUAGGGAAGAUGGACAGUAGAGAUGCAUUAACAACAGAGCACCACCACAGGUGACUAGUUCUAAUCCCUCUGGGACUAUUGCUACAUUCCUCAGGUAUAUGCCACAGGACAAAGAGGUUCAUUGGUUGAAAGCUGUUCCUGGGGUCCAUGAAUUCCCUGGCUGUUCUGAUCUGGCAUAUUGCUGGGAAAAGCAGGUUCCAAUGUCAAGAAAAAGAGCCACAGCCAAAGAAAAGCAGGCUCUGGUAGUUGGAUAUCAGGUUGAUGUCCACUGAAAUGGCACAGGUGAGGUCACAUGGGCAGGACACCAGCAAAGAGUUUUAACAAUGGUGUUAAAACUCUUUCAGAAUAUUCCUUAGAUGCUGAAAACUGAAGAAUUAAUAAAUAAUAAUGUAUUAAAAUGUCAGAUGGCUAACAUUGCUUUUAAAAACACUUAAUGAGAUUAGGUUGAUCCAACCUGUCUUUCUCAUGUAAGUGGACAAGAGUUGCUGGACUUCAUUUUCACACUGUGUGAAAUUCUAGAUUAUAUACUUAGAUUCUGCUGUUUUAAAAUUCCCUACCCUUCUAACUAUUCCAACUGGUAAAGAAACUGAUCCCAAAGAUUUGGGG